AUGCCAAUUAAUCUUUUCUGCGCUUCUUCACUUUCGAUGAAAGACGCUUUUGACGAGAUCAGUAUUGCCCCAUUAGAUUCUUACAUCGACUUGUGUGGCACUGGAGAAACGCAACCAUGUUAUAUAUUCAAAGGUGAUAUCCAUCUCACACUUAAUAAACCGGUCAAAAUACGGUCUAUGGAAAUAAAAUUCAAAGGCACCACCAUGGUCAAUAUGGGUCUCAACACCAUUGGCCUCGGUCACGAUACGGCGACGACGUUUGGUAAAAUGAAGCAGGUCCUUGUCAACAAAUCAUCCUUCAGCGCAGGAUCUUCAAGUAUACCUUGGGAAUUUGCCAUACCACCGCAUUUCCCGCAAACGUUGUCACUCAAGCGAGCGAGUCUAGCAUAUUCGUUGGAGGUGGUUGUCAGUUUCGGGAUCAAAAAAUCAUUACGUGUCAGCUGUCCCGUGACGAUUCGACGACCCACUUUACCGUCUUAUCAGCUCGCGCCUUACAUGGAAUCUCGCUUAUAUAAAGCAACCAUACCCACUAAAUUCCACUAUGAAAUCGAGGCACCCACUUUAGCUUGCAUAGAGCAAGAAGAGCUUGUUUAUUCUGUUAAAUUACUCUUAUUCUCGUUGGACAAAACUGUUCGUGCUAUCAAAACCACUUUGGUACAAGUGGAAUCAUACAGAUCUCAGCCGCAAAGCAAUCAUCAGUGGGGUCAUUACUUAAAGCACAGCGCACAACCAGAGUGGAAGCCAUCCGAACAAUCCUUUGACCACACUUGCCAUGUUUUGGAUCCAAAAUCAUUCAGAGCCAAUGGAACAGGUACCCUUAGAGACUUGACCAAACCAGCACCCAGCGUAACUCAUAAUUUGGAUGAUAAUAACAUACCAUCCUCCUGGACCAAACCGCUUGUACUACGGCAGCCUAUUUCACAACAGUUCAACGCCUCGGUCGAUUCUCCCCUGCUUACCAUAUCACAUCAGUUACAUAUUACUCUCACAUUAAUCCAUAAAAUUGAUGAGAUCACUAUCAAGGUUCCCAUCAUACUCUCAUCUCAUCCCUACACCACACCUAUACCACCCACUCAACCAGCCACCACCACCAUACUUGAUUCCAAGGAUUUACGUAUUCGUCCACCGAGCGAAUACUCCGAUGAAGAAAUUAGCGAAAAGAACAUGGAUGAAGAGGACAUGAUCAGUGAAGAUGAGUUAAGCUCUAGUAGUGAUGAAGAGGAGGUGAACCAAUAUACACCCGCCGCAACCACCAAAUUCACCUCCGAAAACGCUUUAAGUUCCACUUUGCGUCCACCCUCUAGUAUUGCCAUGACGCCGACCACCUUGGUGUCAGCCCAUACUUUUGGUCGCCCUGUUCGUCGGUUUGCUUCCGCCUUAGAUCUUAGUGUCAUGCCACAAGACUCAUUCGAAGCCCUUUCCAGCAAGCAAAAGCCCCUAUUGACAAUUGAUGUCUCUUUGGCGAAUAAUCAGCCUGGCCAUCUUCGAAUACAACAAGCCGCUAAACAUUUAUCCUUGAGAAAAAGCACGUCUGCUGAACAGUUGAUUUCGUUCAGAUCAUCGGAAACUUUGCCAGAGAGCGACAGACAAUUGAUGAGCAAACUCUUGCGGUCGGAGCAGAACAAAGCUUAUGGCAUGUUACACAAUCAGGAGAGCAAUAUUCACUUGAAAGGAGUCAGACUACAGCCCACCACUAUCAUAGAACAACCAUCUUACACCAAAAACAAUCCAUCUCUUCCAUAUAAACAACACAGUCGAUCUGUUAGUCACCCAACAUCCACCGCGUCCAUAUCCUUCUUGCAAUUGGAUGACGAUAACUUGACGGUAUCCUCCCUUUCUAAUAAUUCUGACGUUGCACCCAGUCUCAGCUCCACUGGGUCUGCAUCCACUGGAACCACCCGAAGUAAUCCACUGCAAUCAAGACCUCCUACCCCUGUCCUGAGUUAUGUGCCUGCUUUACCUGGAACCACCAUUCUUCAUCAGCCCAUUCAAAAUUAUUCGCUUCCCGAAGAAGAUUUCCCCGCGCCGUUGACCGCUACCACCGUCCAAUCCACCAUAGCAUCUUCUGGUCUUAUUUCACCUGCCAACCCUCGGCUAAGGUCGUAUAUAACCCAUGACUCUAGCUCCGACAAGUACGAAACCUUGACCUUCUCAUCCUCCGGACAUGAGAGCUUGAAAUUCAAUACCAGAACACCCAGUACCAUCGUUGGACGAGAAGAGGUGAUGAGGCGGUAUAUACGCAGUGCUACACCACAACAGGCUAUGCAGAAUAGAAGACCUGAAGAUGUUUUACGAGUGAAAACAAGUCGUAUGACUCGCCUGUAUGAUGAGGAUGCGCAUGAUGAAGUGUUGGAUCCUUUACCGCCCGUGCCCCAAGUACCGCAAUACAAUGUCAAAGCAAAAACCAGAAGCACCGUCACGGAGUAUAGCAGCGAUUAUGAGUCUAAUAGCGAUGAGAGUUAUGACUUUGAUCGGUCGUCGUUUAAUUUUCUUGCUCAUGAUCCGCAUGCCCGUAGUACUACACCUCUACCCAGACUACCACGGUUGUCGUUUGGAGCGUCCUUUGCAUCUGCGCUAGGGGUAAUAGACGAUGAUGGCCAGUCCUAA